AUGUCUACCGCUGCAGUAACAAGUAAUAAUAACAAUAAAAAUAUCAAUAAAAUUAAUAUUCCAAACAUUAUUGAAAAUGACACAGAUAUCGAUCACCCAAUCAUAAAACAUACACAUAAAUUAAGUUCCAAAGACUUGAUAAGUAAUAACACUCAUAACAAACAUCCUUCAUCAUGGGAACCCAUUGAUGACUUACUGUUGCGUCAUUUAAAAGAAAUUAAAAAGAUGGGUUGGAAAGAAAUUUCACAAUAUUUUGAAAACAGAACCCCCAAUGCUUGUCAAUUUAGAUGGAGAAGACUAAAAUCUGGGAAUUUAAAAUCAAAUAAAACUGCCUUAAUGGAUGUUACCAUAUUUCCAGGAGAGAUCAAAAUUUUAAAUCCAUAUCCUGCAUUUAAUGAAAAGAAACAAAGGAAUAAAGCGAAAGAUAACAACAAUGAUGAUGAUAAGUUUAAAAACAAAGGGAAGGAUAAGAAUACGACUAAUUAUAAUAUAAGUAAAGAUGACUCAAGUAAUACAAUUACUUUACCUAAGCCAUAUAAUUCAAUAUCUGCCCCACAGGUUGUUUCUUCUUCAUCUGAUUCUAAAAUGACAAAACUAGCUUCAUUAAAAUUAUUUAGUGAUAACAUUUCUUCCUCGAGAUCCCCAUCUCUCACUACCAACUCUACUUCUGGUUCAAGUCUUAACAAGAGUAAUAUUUCUAUUAGUAAACUUAUUAAUACUAAUGAUCAACAUGAAUCAAUUACCACGUCAUCUAUUGAUAAUAGGAAGAUGAUUGGUGAUUUGAAUAGUGAUAAUAAUAAAGCUGAUAACAAUACAAUUCAAACAAUGACUCAAAACAACACUUUACUGAAUAAAUUUGCUUCUCCACCAUUACCUAUUUCUUCAGAACAACCUGUUACGACCUCCAACAAUACAAAAAAUAUCACAUCUACCGAUGGUAGUAAUAAUAAUAAUAGUAGUAAUAGUACUAGUAGUAAUUCUUGUGAUGGAACGGUUAAGAAGUUUAUUAAACCAAGAUCAUAUUCUCAUUCAGUCACUUCUAAUUCAGCAAAUCCUAAAAUUUCUAUCAACUCUCCACAAUUUGCCAACUCAGAUGAUACAGAAAGAUUCGGCUUUAUUCCCAAAGUUUUCGUAAAAUCAAGACGUGGUUCGUCCAUCAUAAUACCUUCAUCUCCAACAUCUUCUUCCUCUUCCUCUUUAUUAGGUUCUUUCCCCUCAGUCAAUACUGCUUUAAAUACAACUUUGACUACAUCUAAAUCAAGAAAGAAUUCAUUUGUCAGAAGACAUUCAUUAGUUACACCAACAAGCGCCUUGUCUUCAAGAAGAUCAUCGAUGGUUAUUGCACCAAAUUCAUUAUCUAUCAAUUUUAAUAACUAUCAAUUACCCACUGCAAAACAUAGAAGAGAAUCUGUCAUCUCCAGAAGUCAAAAAGCUAUAUCACCUAAUAACAAUAACAAUACUUCUUUGAAUAUAACAAAGAAUUGGGAGGCACCUAUGACUACAAAUUAUCUUUUUAAUCAUAACUAUAGUUUUACAGACAUUCCUGUAAAUUCAGAAAAGGUAGUAAGAAAAAAGCAUUUUAUUCCAUGGUCUAUGCAAGAAGAUCAAUUGUUGUUAGAAAACCAAUCUAGAAAAUUGUCAAUAUCUGAGCUAUCUAUCUUGUUACCCAAUAGAAGUGAGUCAGAUAUAGAUGCAAGGUUACAUUCAUUGACUGAAAGGCUGAAUAACAAUAACAAUGAUGAAAGUUCAGAAACAAAUACCGCCAUAACUACUUCUGCUUCGUCUUCAGAUUCAUCUAAAUUACCAACUCCACAACCUGAAUUGCCAGAUUUUGCGUCUCCAAUACAUUCGCCAAACCGUUCCUAUAUUUUGAAUCAAACAGAUCCAACAAUAAAUGCCCAAGAAUUUAAGGAUCAUUUAGAAUUAGAUAGUCUGAGAUCAGAAACUGCACAAUCUCAUACAUAUUCCUCAAAAGAGGUAUCUCCAUCUACAUUUUCUCAAAUCUCUUUGGAUGACUCGGCAUCUUCCUCUUCAAGUGUCACACAUUCCAAUAUUGUAAUAUCAGAUUACCGUACAUUUUUAAAGUCUACAGGUCAAGAACAUUCUGCUCUAGUAUAUCAAAAUUUCCUCUGCUAUCAACAACAUAUAUUACAGGAGAGACAACAACAGCAGUCACAGACUACUUUACCAAGUAUUAACACCAUAUUACAAAGAUAUUGA